AUGAGCUUUUCCAAAAGACUUUCGUCAUUUCUGAAUAAGCACGUAAAACGUUCAGGGAAUAAGGUGAAGACGAGAGAUGCAGAUUCAACAAUACGAUACAAUGGCGAAUUAAAAAACAUCGUCCUUCCCACGGAUGAACUUUCCCUAUUUAACAAUGAUUCCUUAUUCGUUCCCCCGAAAGAACAAACCCUUACUAGCCCUAAAAAAGCAAACGACUCAAUACCAAAGUGUCCAAAAUGCAAUGGAGAUCUCAGUAGCUGGGAUUAUAAGAACGGCAUCCUUUCCAAUUUCUGGUGUAACGCUUGCGAAUCCAAAGAACUGCAGAAAAAUUUCUCCAAUUGGACUAGCGAUGAUCCGAAUAUUGAUAAGUUGAUCCAGGAAUCUCAAUUAAAUAUUGGUUAUAAUAUGAGCUACCUCGAGUGGAUCCCCUACGAACAGAUCCGAGAUAUGAAAGAAAUAGGAAAAGGUGGUCACGCCACUGUCUACUCGGCUACGUGGGUAGAUGGUCCAAGAGGACAAUGGAAUGAAGAAAAGAAAUCAUGGGACCGAUGCGGGGAACGUAAAGUCGCUGUAAAGGUGUUCCACGAUUCGGCAAAUAUUAAUCCGGAAUUCUUAAAUGAG